CGGCGCCAAUGGCGACAGCCCGAGGGGCGGUGGAGGCGGACUUUACGAGGAAACAAGAAGACAGGCUCAAGAUGGAGGCGGCGGCGGCCGCUGCGGCCUGACAGGAGCCCCAUGGCACCUGCCCAGCCCCACCUCAGCCCAUCUUGACAAAGUCCUAGGCUCCAUGGAGCCACCACGGGGCCCCCCUGCCAACGGGGCCGAGCCGUCCCGGGCAGUGGGCACCGUCAAAGUGUACCUGCCCAACAAGCAACGCACAGUGGUGACUGUCCGGGAUGGCAUGAGUGUCUACGACUCUCUAGACAAGGCUCUCAAGGUGCGGGGUCUCAAUCAGGAUUGUUGCGUGGUCUACCGGCUCAUCAAAGGGAGAAAGACAGUCACUGCCUGGGACACAGCCAUUGCCCCCCUGGAUGGCGAGGAGCUCAUUGUUGAGGUCCUUGAAGAUGUCCCACUGACUAUGCACAAUUUUGUACGGAAAACAUUCUUCAGCCUGGUGUUCUGUGACUUCUGCCUUAAGUUUCUGUUCCAUGGCUUCCGCUGCCAAACCUGUGGCUACAAGUUCCACCAGCAUUGUUCCUCUAAGGUCCCCACAGUCUGUGUUGACAUGAGUACCAACUGCCGACAGUACUACCACAGUAUCCAGGAUUUGUCUGGAGGCUACAGACAGCAUGAGGCUCCCUCCAACCGUCCUCUGAAUGAGCCACUAACCCCUCAGGGUUCCAGUCUCUCCCCUGGCAGCUCCAGCUCCCAGCACCGAGACCCUGAACACUUCCCCUUUCCUGCCACGGCCAACGCCCCCCUGCAGCGCAUCCGCUCCACAUCUACUCCCAACGUCCAUAUGGUCAGCACCACAACCCCCCUGGACUCCAGUCUCAUCCAGCUCGCUGCCCAGAGUUUCAACGCUGAAGCUGCUGGUAGUAGAGGUGGCAGUGAUGGAGUGCCCCGGGGGAGCCCCAGCCCGGCUAGUGUGUCCUCGGGGAGGAAGUCCCCACAUUCCAAGUCCCCCUCAGAACAGCGAGAGAGGAAGUCCGUGGCUGAUGACAAGAAGAAAGUGAAGAAUCUGGGGUACCGGGACUCGGGCUAUUACUGGGAGGUGCCACCCAGUGAGGUGCAGCUGCUGAAGAGGAUCGGGACGGGCUCGUUUGGCACCGUGUUUCGCGGGCGGUGGCAUGGCGAUGUGGCUGUGAAGGUGCUCAAGGUGGCCCAACCCACAGCUGAGCAGGCCCAGGCCUUCAAGAACGAGAUGCAGGUGCUCAGGAAGACACGUCAUGUCAACAUCUUGCUGUUCAUGGGCUUCAUGACCCGGCCGGGGUUCGCCAUCAUCACACAGUGGUGCGAGGGCUCCAGCCUCUACCACCACCUGCAUGUGGCUGACACACGCUUCGACAUGGUCCAGCUCAUUGAUGUGGCCCGGCAGACUGCCCAGGGCAUGGACCAAUUUGCCACCCACUUCCACCCCCACAGCUACCUCCAUGCCAAGAACAUCAUCCACCGGGAUCUCAAGUCUAACAACAUCUUCCUACAUGAGGGGCUCACAGUGAAGAUCGGCGACUUCGGCCUGGCCACGGUGAAGACAAGAUGGAGCGGGGCUCAGCCCUUGGAGCAGCCCUCAGGCUCUGUGCUGUGGAUGGCGGCUGAGGUGAUUCGUAUGCAGGACCCGAACCCCUACAGCUUCCAGUCGGAUGUCUACGCCUAUGGGGUUGUGCUCUACGAGCUCAUGACCGGCUCCUUGCCUUAUAGCCACAUUGGCAGCCGUGACCAGAUUAUCUUUAUGGUGGGCCGUGGCUAUCUGUCCCCGGACCUCAGCAAAAUCUCCAGCAACUGCCCCAAGGCCAUGCGGCGCCUGCUGUCUGAUUGCCUCAAGUUUCAGCGAGAGGAGCGGCCCCUCUUCCCCCAGAUCCUGGCCACCAUUGAGCUGCUGCAGCGGUCACUCCCCAAGAUUGAGCGGAGUGCCUCCGAACCCUCCUUGCAUCGCACCCAGGCUGAUGAGUUGCCCGCCUGCCUACUCAGCGCAGCCCGCCUUGUGCCUUAGGCCCCGCCCCCAGCCACCAGGGAACCAAUCUCAGCCUUCUACACCAAGGAGCCUUGCUCACCAACCAAUCAAUGUUCCAGCUUUGCCCUGAUACUGCCUCAGGAUUCCCCAUUUCUGCCCUGGGAGAUGAGGGGGGUCCCCAUGUGUUUUCCAAUUUCUCUGGAACUGGGGCGACCCCAAAAGAUUGAGACCACAGCCUCAUCCAUAGUUCAGUUUUCUCUUGACUUUGGGGAUACUUCUAAAUUUGGGAGCUCUUCCAUCUACAAUGGCUGGGAUUUGUAGCAGGGAUUCCACACAGAAACCUCUCUGGAAUUUGUGCCCGAUGUGCCUUCCACUGGAUUUUGGGGUCUCCAGCACCCCAUGUGGAUUUGGGGGGUCCCUUCUGUGUCUCCCAUGUCAUUCAAGGACUUCCCCCUUUCUUCAUCAAGAAGCACAGAAUUCUGCUGG